AUGUCCGCAAAUAUUUUCUUAUAUAAGGCAGAAGAAACAAGAGUCUUUGAUACUGGUCAUGAUGACAUCCGAGUAAGGGUCAAAGAAUUAAAUGAAGAUGUCGCAAGGGUUAUUCUUGUAGAUGAAAAUGAAAGUCUAAUUGACACUAUAGAGAAAGCGAAAUUUAUAAAUAAGGCGACUGAAAAUGAAAUAAUACCUGUGAAAAUUAAGGGUCAAAAAAGCUAUCUUAUAACUUGGAUAAAUAGCUAUGAGUUGUAUGUAGAUAGUGAUAAAAUUUUUAAAUUUAAAGCACAGAGAGGGUAUGUGCAAAUGGAAAAAAAACUUGCAGAUUGUCUUGACGAAAUCAAGACCAUUUCUCAUUUCAAGGAAGCAAUCAAAAAGAAUAAGGAAAAAAUCUUCGAAAACGUUGAACCCAAUGAUCUGAGAAUAUGGAAGGUUAAUAUUUCUACCAGAAAAGAUGACGAUAAGCUAAAAAUACUUAAGAAUAGGCCUCAUGAAAAAAUUGAUGUUAAACAAAAACUAGGUG